AUGGGGAAGGCAAUUUCAACACCACUCCUCUUCCAAUCAAAGCUCCUCUGUUUCUCUCUGUUCUACCUCUUCACCUCUCUCUUUCUAGCUCUCUACACCUCUCUCUCCCAAUCCAAAUGCCUCUUCAGAUCAUCCCCCUUCGAUCCAAUCCAGGCCCCUCUCUUCGCCUACCCUCCCUCCUACGGCGAGCACAAGUACGCCAUCCCUACCCAUCGUUCCACAUGCUCUUCCCCUGUCUUCUUCUCAGAUUAUUGGGCGGUGUUGAAGGAAAUCCAGGAUUUGUGUAAGAAUUCUUCGCCGGUUUCGCCGGUUUUGAAAUAUAUGCAGGGCCACGCUGAUAGUUUCGGUGGGAAUUUCAGUACCCAGAAAAGGAUUUCUUAUUUUGAUCACGAGAACACUAGCGUCGAAGUUCCUUGUGGAUUCUUGAAGAAUUUUCCUAUUAAUAAAUAUGAUCGAGCUGCAAUGGAAAAAUGUAAUGAAGUGGUCGUAGUCUCUGCAAUCUUCAAUGACCAUGACAAAAUCCGGCAGCCAAGGGGUCUUGGAUCCAAAACACAAGAUACUGCAUGUUUCUUCAUUUUUGUAGAUGAUGUUACUCUCCAAGGACUUCAUCACCACAAAUUAAUCUCGAACGAAUCAGGGGAAUAUAAGAUAGGAGUGUGGAGAAUUGUUAGAGUUUUGAGCAAGGACUUAUAUGAGAAUCCAGCCAUGAACGGAGUGAUACCUAAAUAUUUAGUUCAUAGACUUUUCCCAAACUCAAAAUUCAGUAUUUGGAUAGACGCGAAGCUGCAGCUAAUGGUGGAUCCUUUACUGCUGAUUCAUACACUUGUUGUAUCGGAGAAUGUGGAUAUGGCCAUAUCCAAACAUCCGUACUAUGUUCAUACCAUGGAAGAGGCAAUGGCAACAGCAAGGUGGAAGAAAUGGUUGGAUGUUGAUGCCUUGAAGACGCAGAUGGAGACGUAUUGUGACAGUGGGUUGCAACCGUGGAGUCCUAAGAAGCUCCCCUAUCCCUCAGAUGUGCCGGAUAGUGCUAUGAUACUAAGGAAGCAUGGACUGGGUAGCAACCUUUUCUCCUGCCUAAUGUUCAAUGAGUUGGAAGCUUUUAACCCUAGAGACCAACUGGCUUUUGCACAUGUGAGAGAUCAGAUGAAACCAAAGCUCAAGCUCAACAUGUUCGAGGUAGAAGUAUUUGAGCAGGUUGCUGUGGAGUACAGGCACAACCUUAAGCGUAGCAGUACUAGCGGUGGGGAAAAAGGAACAACCAAGAACAAAAGAACCAAAAGAGCAAGCCCAGAUUUGUUGUAUGUUAAUGGCAGCAUACCUUUUGGGGAUGUGGGGUGAAUCCCAUAAUUGACUUUUCCUUUUCUUUUUUUUAAUCUAAAACUAGUUGUAUAUUAAAAGAGGGGAAAUUAGCUAAGAGAGAGGAAAGUGUUAAAACGAAUCCAACAAACUACCUGUCACGUACAAAGCCUGACAAGCAAUAACAGGUUGGCAGAGGAGAGGAUCUCGCUUUUUCCUUUUGUCUCCAUUCCCAUUCUUUUUUUUUUUAGAUGGCGUUGACAGGUCAUGU